ACAAUGAGCAGUUUUUUAGACUACACGGUCAUGAGCGGUGAAGGUGGCUCAUGCACUGUCAGGACAUUCCACUCGGACCACGGGAUUACAACUUUCCAGUCGUGCGCGGCCACUGUUAACAAUUGCGGGGCGGAUGACCAUUUCAUGCUGAGCAGGUCUUCUCCUGACUGCAUCUCUCAUCAGCCGGGGUCGUACCAGUCUAAUGCCACCUCUCUAGGUCUCCCCUAUGGAGCUCACCCGGCCUGUAGUUCUAACUACGGACCCCAAAGUUUCUGCGCUACAUAUAACCACCAUGCCCUCGCCCAGGAAGUAGACGCCACAGCUGCGUUCCCCCAGUGCGGCCCACUGAUGUACUCUGGCAACAUUUCCUCCUCUGUGGUUUCUCAACAUCGCCAUGGUUACAGUGCCGCCCCCCUGGGUCAACUGCAGUAUAGCCACGCUGCCUACGGCGGCGGGCAUGAGCAAGCGCCCCCUUAUCCAGGGUGUUCAAAUCCGCUGUCACCUCUGCAUGCAGCUCACCUGGAGACUUGCUGUUCACCUCUGUCUGAGGGCGCAUCGUCUGCACAGACUUUCGACUGGAUGAAAGUUAAGAGGAAUCCACCAAAAACAGGAAGGUCUGGUGAAUAUGGUUAUGCUGGUCAGCCGAACACGGUCCGGACCAACUUCACAACCAAACAGCUGACGGAAUUGGAAAAGGAAUUCCACUUCAACAAAUACCUGACCCGGGCGCGCCGGGUAGAGAUUGCAGCUGCGCUCCAGCUUAAUGAGACUCAGGUGAAAAUUUGGUUCCAGAACAGGAGAAUGAAGCAGAAAAAGCGGGAGAAAGAAGGGCUGCUGCCAGCCAGACUUACACCCUCAGACACGACAGACAGCAGUCAGGAGAAAAUGGACGAUGCAGCAUCUGAGAAAUCUGUCUCAGCCCCAUCCACUCCUUCUCCCACAUCCUCCACAGUGUCUUCCACGGGGGCUGAUCCUUUCUCUUCCAACUGAGGGCCAGCUGACCCUUUGCCUCUCCAGGUCACGCUGGCCUGUGUGCCAAAUUUCAUACAAGUGUAUCAAAGGCAAAAUUUUGUUGAUGGAUGACAGUUGUGCCCAUACAUGAUGCGAAUAAUGCACUACUAGUGAACUCUGGACAAAACACGGACCACUUCUGGACCAUAUUUGUUUUAUAUUGUGUGUUGUGGUUGCAAGAUCUAUAGCUUUGCUGCCCCCAAAAGUGCUUUGGUUAUAUAUAUAUAUAUAUAAAAAAAAAAGUGUCCAUUUGCUUUUGAAAUUUGGCGUAAAAAUUGUAAUUCGCCACAGUUAUGUUGUGCAAGUCAGCGCCCUCUUUAUGUCUGCCUUCGACCAAUGCUGCUACAUGUGCCAAGUGUCACAAAUCUACGCACAUAAAUACCUCAAAUGUACCAAAGUUGUGCAUCCCAGCCAGUCUGAUUGCACUGGAUGCCAUCAAUUAGGCAUCACACAAUCAGCGAGAAUACCUCGGUUAUUAAACCGCUAAUGAGUUCACUAUUAUAGUAGCUACUUAAUCACUGUCUCUUCUGUGUUUCAGGUCUGUGUGUGUCAACUGUUUGUUAUGUGAGGCUUGCAUGAUGCGUAACGCUUUCAUGUGUUAUUAGUGAGGCGCUGAGUUUUAUCAGUUGCGUAAAAAGUCAUUCAUGGCUUUGUAUGUAUGAAGCUUUUGUCUGCUAGCUGUUGAAUCCGGUGAAGCACAUAACUGUUUUGUCCAGAGAGACGUUUACGGGUCAGUCAUGUGUAUUAAAGUGCGUUUAC